AUGCUGGGGACCUGCCUCAGACUCCUGGUGGUUGCUCUGUGUGGUGCCUGCAGCUUGGGCACUGUUGGAGCCUACCCUGACACCUCCCCUCUGCUUGGCUCCAACUGGGGCAGCCUGACUCACCUGUACACGGCUACAGCCAGGAACAGCUUUCACCUACAGAUCCACAAGGAUGGCCAUGUAGAUGGCACACCCCAGCAGACCAUCUACAGUGCCCUGAUGAUCAGAUCAGAGGACGCAGGCUUCGUGGUGAUAACAGGAGCCGCAACUAGAAGGUUCCUUUGUAUGGAUCUCAGAGGCAACAUUUUUGGAUCGCAUCACUUCAGUCCGGAGAACUGCAGGUUCCACCAGUGGACUCUGGAGAAUGGCUACGACGUCUACCUGUCGCCGCAGCAUCACUACCUAGUGAGCCUGAGCCGCACCAAGCGCCCCUUCCAGCCUGGCACCAACCCGCCGCCCUUCUCGCAGUUCCUGUCGCGCAGGAACGAGGUCCCCCUACUGCGCUUCCACACCGCGCGACCACGGCGCCACACGCGCAGCGCCGAGGACCCUCCCGAGCGCGACCCGCUGAACGUGCUCAAACCGCGGCCCCGUGCCACGCCGAUGCCCGUAUCCUGCUCGCGGGAGCUGCAGAGCGCCGAGGAAGGCGGGCCCGCGGCCAGUGACCCACUGGGCGUACUGCGCAGAGGCCGCGGGGAUGCUCGUGGGGGCGCAGGAAGUGUGGACCGCUGCCGCCCCUUUCCCAGCCUUUUGUCGCCUAGCAUUCUCAUCAGUCAAUUAGAAUUAAGAAAUGGUGGUCCAGAGUUCACACCUCCAGCACACGGAAGAGGCUAUCGCUACAACUUUUUGUUACUGUGCUGGGACCCAUAUGGGUUUUUGCAUUUGAGCACCUUAAUGGCUUCACUGGGCAAGCUGAAGAAAGAAAACCCUGAUUUCUUCUUGCUGGAAGGUCGGCAGGAAGCUAACAAGGAGAGCCAAACGCAUGGUUGGUUGGUUAGGAUAUCUUGUCACACAAACCCAGCAGAGUCCUACCCAGUUUUCAGCUGCCUCGUGGAUCCAGGUGCACCCCACCACCUACUGGCAGACAACUGUCAUUACAGGUUCAGGGGGCCACUGGGGCCCGACAGGAUCUGGAACUGUAAGGCCCUGCACAAGAAUGAUAGCGUGAGACUUCCUGGGCAGUGUGGAGUGCACACCUGGAAUUCCAGUAUGGGGGAGGGUGAGGCAGAAGCAUCCGCCCACAAGACCAGGGGCAUUGGCUCUCUGGUGCUGGAGUUACAGGCAGUUGUGAGCUGUCCAACAGGCAAUCUGAAGUGGGGUCUGGGAGAAACAGGAAGUACUCUUAAACACUGA